AUGGAUGAACAAAUUAUAAAUGUGAUAUUUGAUCCCAACUUCACCUCUUUUGAUUAGGAUUUAGCUAAUAUGAGCCUGGAUAAGAUGAUGCAAGUUACAUUCUCGGAAGAGAUCCUGCAGAAGAAUUUUUCUGUGAUUAUUUCCAUCCUUAAACAGUUACAUAAGGGCAUGAUACUCAUAAACGGAUAGGUGAAGGACAAUAGUGAUUGGGUGCAGGUAAACUUACUAUUAAAUGGUAGAAAUUGAGAGAGGAAUCAUAAUAGACUGACACAAAAGAUAAAGUUGAUGUGAUUGAUUCUCAAGUAAAGGAAAUUCAUUAGAAUUUUGCAACCAAAGCAGAGUUGUAAGCAUUAAAAUAACGAUAUGGUAUGAAAUCUAACUAUCGUAGAUAACAUUUUGAGAGAUUAAGAUAUCUAAAUUAAGGAGAUUGCUAAGGCUUAGGAAUAAGAGUAAUAGUAAAUAAAUAAGAAUGCUGAGGAUAUCAUAUAGAAGUAGCAAUAAAUAGAUACAAUUAACGAGGAAUUGGACAAACUCCGUAAACUAAUCAAUGAGCAAAAUAAAUUAUUAUCAGAUUUAUCAACUCAAAAACCAGAUACCAAUGUGUACCAAAUUUAAUCUAAGCCAUUAUCGGAUGAUUCUCUAAAGGAUGUCUAGAAUCGAUUAGCAUAACUAGGUAAUUGAUUUGUGUGUUACCUUAGAAUCCUAAUAUAAGGAAUUACUUAAACAAAUGAGCAAUCAGCCAAAAAGUUUGUUAUAACCAAUCUCAUUGAAAGACUAGGAUUACGUUGAGCAACCAAAUUCUGAAGUCGAUUUAUCGGAUAUCAAUAAAAAGUUGGAUAAUCAUGAAGAAGAGAUUUAAAAAUUAUUUGAAUUGCUUGAUGAAUUGAGGAAAAAAAAUAGGGAAGGAGUUUCAGCAGGAGGAUCUAAUGUUGAUGCUGAAGAUCUGUUGAUUAUCAAAAACGACAUCAAAAAGCUCUUUACUCUAUUAGAAUAAUUACAAACGUAACUAAAUCUUGCUUCAUUUGGUAAUUCAGGUGAAGAGGGCAAUAAUGUCGGAGAAAAUCAAAUGGUCAUCAUUCUGGCAGAAAUCAAUAAGAUUAGAGCUCAAUUAGAAAAUUAUGCUACUCAAUCAGAUCUAACAAAUCUUGGUCAAAAAGUUGCAUUAUAAUAAAAAUAAACAUAUGAUCAUAUUGAUGAAGAAAUUGAAAAGGUAAGAAGAGAAUUCAAAAUAAAUCUUGGUAAAAAAGGUGAUUUGACUGAAUAAGAAAAAAUCAAGAAUGAACUUACUCAAAUAAAGGAUCUCUUGAACAAAACUAAACGUGGAUCCCAACCACAAUUAGAUAAUAGUCCAAGUAAAGGACCUUAAUUAAGUCCAGACUUUUUAAAUACUUUUAAAGAACUGCAAGAUCAAGUAGCUUAAAAUGAAUAGUAAUUAUUAUAUUUAUCUUAUCAUUAGAGAACUAAUCAAUCACAAAUCUCAAUUUUCAUAAAAUGCAUAGUAGGUUUAAUAAAAGAUUGCUGAGAUAGAAAAUAAAAUGAAAUAAACUAAAACUGAUUCAAUCAUUUCUGGUCUAUAGGAAUUAAGAGAAAUCCAAGAUCAAAUGAAAAAGGAUUAAGAUGCUAACAAAGCCAAGAUAGCUCAAUUUGGAAAGAAGAUUGAUGGAGUGGUCACAAGAGAAGAUCUUUUGGCCCUCUUUGAACCUAAAUUAAAAUAGGUUCGAGAUGAAUUGUCUAAAUAAAUUGAAGAAUUGAGAAUUAAAUUGGAAAAGAAGGCUGAACUCGAAGAUUUGGAGAAACUUUAAAAUGAUCUUGUCUCCAGAUUAGAAGAAGUUGUUUAAGCUCUCAUCAAAUAAUUGGCUAAUAAGUCUGAAACUAAGAAGGCCUUGAUCUAUCUAGAAUAGAGAGUAUUAUUUUUGUAUUACUAAUCGCAUAGAUCAAUCAAAUAUUCAUGAUGUUAGAAGGAGAAGGAGGAUCCAAGGAUUAGGAAGGCUUGUUUGCUAAGAAACAACUUUGGUCCUGUGCUUCAUGUGAUAAGGAGUUAGAUAAAUUUAAGGGAUAAUUGGGAGAUUAUAGAGGAUGGGCUCAUUUCCCUCCUAAAGAGACUUCUCCAGAAAGAAUGGGAAGAGUAUACAUCCAACAUUAUAUUUUUAGUUUGGUGUUGGUUACAAAUAAAUGCAAGAAAAAUCAAAAAACAAUAGAGAUAAAAUUGAUAAAGAGAGAUAUCAGAAUGACAAGGACAGACCCAAUAGUCAAGCCAAUCAGUAGUUCUAUUAAACAGGUUCAUAAAUGAGUCAAAGCCAAAACAAUCUUCCAAAGAUUAAUAAAUGAC